UUUGCGCAUCACAGUCUUUUCUCGCUGACGUCUCGUUGCAAUCGUUUUAAUUUUAUUCUGUCUAGUUUCCAUUGGUUAAUUUAAACAACAACGCAAUAAUGUUCACGACAAGUGUAUUAAUGCUUCUUGCUGUCAUUUUCAUCAAGGUGGCAGCCUCCCAGAACGAAAACGGAAGUCAACUAAAAGAAACGCAAAUCUAUACAGAUUAUGAAAGAUUAGAGAUGAUGCAUAAAAGAAUCAUUGGCAUGUACUGUCCGCCACUUGGACUAACGGAUAAAUUUAACGUUACCGUGGUUGGUGCUGAUUGGACUUGGACAGGAGGAAUCGCAUACAUAGAACGUCACGCUUCCAUAAGUCCUUCGCAAUUGUUUCAUUUGAUGCUGCGCCGUUCGCAAGACGAUGGGGAUACAAAUAAUAUGGAUCACUUAAGGUUUGAGUGCUUAUCAAAAAACAGCCCGCUCAUUGAGGAAGAUAAGGGCAAGGGCUGGGAGUAUGUAUCGCUAUACGAACAUACACUAUUCGAAUAUUAUUCACGAACCAAACAAGAAUCUGGAGCUAAUAGACAAGCCUACAGAUGUGCC